UGCUCUUCUUCUUCCCGCUGCAGCCACCCGAAGAGAAAAAAAAAAAAAAGGGAAACCCAGCCAUACCUUGGAAAAUUGGUAAGGAAGCUUGGUAUUUUCCCCUUCCUUUCUUGUUCUAGAACCCAUAAAGAACCCAGAAAUUUCCCCUCCCUCUCUGCAGAAACCGGAUCUGCUCUACUUUGCUCUGUCCGCCGGCUGCUCUUGUUGUGGGGGCGAAUUGCUUGGGUUUUGGGUUUUGGGUAGUUCCGUGAGCUUCCCCCUACAGAUCCCGCCAGCCUUCCCCAAUCUGCUAGCUCCGGUUCCUUGCUUGUAAAUUCUGGUAUGUGACAGCCUUUUAAGGCUUAAAUUAUCCAUUUAAAGUUGCUGCUUGUGAUGUCCAAAUUUGGCUAGAAAAUGGGGAAAUUCCGGUAGCAAUUAAGAGGGAUUUAAGUGUGUUUUGUUGCUUAAUUCAAGUGGAAUUUAUAUGAUUGUGUUAAUUGCUUGUUGUGAUUUUUGGAGAGAAAAUCCCGUGAGAUUAGCUAGUGUUUUGGCCAAUUUGUGGGAGUGGAGUUACUGUUCACAUCGGGGUCACUGUUCACGGGUACUGUUCAUGAGUACUGUUCACACCCCGAGAGUCAACAAUUAACGGGGAUUUAAAUGAUUAGUUUGUGAUAUAAGAACGAAUUUGGAGAUAUUUGAUCAUGUGGAGAUUUAUGGAAAUAGCAUUGUGAUUAGGAAUGAUCCUAAUGGUUUCAGUGUGAAUUUGUGAUAGUAUGGUAUUGAUUCUCGGAUUGUUGAUUAGGUUCUCGAUCGUUCUAUCAGUUUAGUACGUGAAUUGAGUGCUCGGUUUUAUGCAAGUGAGGUAAGUAAAUUUAUGGUAAUGUCCGUACUGUUUUAAAAGCAUGUUUUGAUUUGUUUUUGAAGUGGUGGCGGGACUAAACCCGUUUUACACAAGUAUGACUAAUUUGAAGUGAAAUGUUUUGUGCUUUUCAUGAAAUUGAGCAUGCCUACUUGAAAUUUAAGUGACUGUCCUGAUGAUCUGAAAGUGAUUGUGAAUUGUGAUUUUCCUGUUAAGUUCUGCCUGUUUUGUCUCCGAUGUGGUCAUGUUAUUUGUGACCCUGCUGGUGGGGGAGGUUAUAAACGCUAGCACAUGUCGACAUGUAGUGAUAGAGCCGGUUCGUUCAACCCAGCUAGUGGGGGUUAUACGCCAGCAAAUCGUGGCCCUGCUAGUGGGGAUUAUACACUGGCCAUGACCUAUAGAGGAGACGUCUAUUUCGUGCCCGUACUGUAUCCGUUUUCGUGAUUGUACUUGUUGGCAUGCUAUAUGUUUAAAUAAGGGGCACUCCAUAUUUACUUACUGAGUUUAUCUCAUAGUUUUUCCUUGUCCACCAUUUCAGGAAGUGAAACCGAGGACGGGGAAACCACGGGAAGUGACGAGUUAGAAGGCUAGCCAUAUUGUAAUUGGAUAUAAAUUUUAGAUAU